AUGCCUGUGAAUGGCAUCGAUCACGAACUGGAUCUGCUAGACUCCGACGAUUAUGACCCGAUAGAACAUCUCAAUCUGAUAUUCUCACACCCCUCGACCCUUUCCUCCGUCACCCGGACGUCUCAAAACCUCCAAGCUUAUCAAGAUGAUUUAGACGAUGAAAUCGAUCUCCUUGAGGAGGAGCAAAUCCGUUCCAAUGCGGAAUGCCUACAGAGGAUGGAAUCCUCCAAGGCCGAGCUGUCCGUACUAUUUCGACGUAUCGAAGCCGUUCGUGAACGGGCUAUCCAAACCGAACGCAACAUCACAGAAAUGACUGCGGACAUCAAGCAGUUGGAUAAUACUAAGAAGAACUUGACCCUAUCAAUGACGGCCUUGAAGCGACUGCAAAUGCUGACCACCGCAUAUGAACAAUUACGCGCACUGAGCAAGACUCGACAGUACAGAGAAUGUGCACAGCUCCUACAAGCCGUCAUCCAGUUGAUGGCUCACUUCAAGUCGUAUCGUUCAAUAGAUCAGAUUGCGACCCUCAGCAGGAAUGUCUCUGAACUUCAACGUGAGCUCUUGGAACAAGUCUGUGAAGAUUUUGAAAUUACUUUCACCAAAGAGGAAAUUGGUCAGAAACGAGGGUUGCUCAAUGAGGCUUGUCUUGUUGUGGAUGCGUUGGGUGAUGCCGCCCGUUCCCGAUUGACAACUUGGUAUUGCAACACACAAUUGCGGCAGUACCGACAUAUAUUCAAGGGCGACCAGGAAGCUGGAUCACUGGACAACAUCGAUCGGAGAUAUUCCUGGUUUAGGAAGACUUUAAAAAUUUAUGAUGAGGAACAUGCCGCCAUUUUCCCGUCCCACUGGCGCGUUAAUGAAAUACUCGCUAACGUGUUCGCUGAGGGCACUCGCGACGACUACAAGGGCAUUCUAUCGAGAACAACUCGGAAUGGUCAAACUAUAGAUGUACGAUUGUUAUUGUCUUGUCUUCAGCAAACUUUGGAUUUUGAACACAGCCUUGAGCGGAAGUUUUCUAGUACUUCGAGAACAUCGAUUGACACAAUGACUUCGGCUAGCGAUACUCCUGUUUUCGGUCAACCCAUAUCAGAUGCUUUUGAGCCGUACUUGAGCCUGUGGGUUGAAGCACAGGAUAAAGAACUGGCCGCUUUGAUACCACAGUACAAAUCGAGACCGACCAAAGCUGCCGAUGAAGAUUUCUCAUCGCAACAAGUGAUAGCAUCAUCCACUGAGCUCUUCAACUUUUACCGGUUGUCGCUAGCACAAUGUGCAAAAUUAUCGACUGGUCAGCCUCUACUUGAUCUUUCCAAGGUUUUUGGACGGUACCUGGAUCAAUACUCUCAACAGGUGUUACUAUUUUACAUCUCAGAAAGACCAUCGGGAGGAACCCCCUCUCGAAUUCCAACCAUUGAAGAUGUGAUUUUAGUUCUCAACACCGCAGAUUAUUGCUUCAAUACCUCCAACUCCCUGGAGGAGAAGAUAAAAAGCCGUAUCGAUGAGAAUUUGAAAGAUCAGGUCGACCUUCAGAGUCAGGCGGACGCUUUCAUGGGCAUUGCUAGUGCAGCAGUCCGUGGAUUGGUCCGCCGAGUUGAAGUUGACCUUGAACCUAGUUGGAGAGAAAUGCGAAAUACUGCAUGGUCGAAGAUCGAAAGUUGCGAAAAUCAAAGCUCGUUUAUCACCGGCCUCCAAAGUCGCAUCAAGGAUCGUUCAACAGAAAUUUUUGCAAUGUUACACAAACAACAAUAUGCGCGUGCUUUCAGCGAUAACCUAGUCGAGCUUUUAGUUUCGGCAUACAUCGCCAACGUGGCUCAAUGUAGGCCAAUCUCGGAAGGCGGUGCAGAGCAAAUGCUUCUUGAUACCCAUGAGAUCAGGAAAACCCUGACACACAUACUCCCCGGCACACCACCUCCUCUGUUCCUGAAGAGAGUCAAUGCUGCAUUUAACAAGAUCGAGCCAUUGUUGAAGACUCUCCAAAUCCGACCAUCCCCACCAGAAGCCCUGGUGCAAGCCUACCUGAUUCACAUCGCCGAUCUCUCCGAGGUCAACUUCCGCAAAAUACUCGAUCUCAAGGGCAUCAAGACGAAAUCCGACCAGACGCACCUGGUGGAACUCUUCCAAAUGCACAAACUCAGCCCGCGAUACAAAGAUUCCCUGGUUGAGAAAUCCCCGCUACUCACCUCCCUGAACCUGAACUCCUCCGGCGGCAGCUCCGGCACAACCACGGGCAGCCAAUCCUCCGCCCCAGCCAACGCCCUACACAAUCUCUCCGCACUGGGAAACUCGGCGGCCGCAUCUCUCAGCACGGCCAACCUGCCGGCGAACCUGAACAUGAAAUUCGACGCCUCGGGACUUGGCACCGCCCUGAUCGACCGGUUCAGCAGCCCUAGUCUCGGGGGACCUCGCGAUGCCGGUGCGCAGAGUCCUCCCGCCGCCGCCUCGGCCGCGAGCCCCUUCGGCGCGCCAACGCCCACCAUCUCGGUCGCGCCGCCUGGGGUCGGAGGGACUCAAGACGGCGGGUUGAACGAGAACCUCAAGAAUAUUGGCAAGUUCUUCAAGCGCGAUUUGGGCGGCUUUGGUGGGAUCGGUCGCUUUGGCGGUAGUAAAGCCACAAGCCCGGCGCCCCCCGAGGAUCGGAACGGUGGGAAUUGA